GUUGUUUAAUUAACUGCAUAAGCGCAGUACCUUUAACUUGUCUCCGAGGUGCUUUAGAAGGAACUGUACCUCUAAUGAAGAGUUUAAAGUGAGCAACUGCACAAGACCUGAGGGAACAUGCUCUAUACAGGCCUGUCUGACUAAGAUAAACCGGGUCAAUUGUUCAAUUAGAGGAAACUAGAGCAGACACCUGCUGCAGUUUCUCCAUCUCUGAUAGAGAAUAGGCUAGCAGACACCGAGCCCGACUGGAAGUGACCCACCAGCAGGGGGCAUUAUGGACAAGGGGCUUCGCUCCAGCCCGCCUUCAUGAGAUAAUCAGAGCCUUCAUUGAUUUGAAGAAGUUGCUUCAUUGGAAUAUUUGCAUUUUGUUUCUUGGCCAAAGUUUGGGAUUUUAUUUCACUUACAAAACACAACAGUUAAAGCCCCAACACGGUGUCAGAGUCGGGAACAAACAGAUCACAUUCAUUCUUAUUGUUAAAAAAAGUCAAUGCAGGGUUUGAUGAUGUCACUGAGGGUGUGUGGGUCACCAGGACCAGGAUUGGGAACCAGUGGGCUAGGAUGAGUAAAUGAGCAGUCUGACACCCAUCACAGACAGAUUCCUGGUGCACAGCACGAGGCCUUUGAGCAAAAGCACUCUCUCCCCUCUCUCCGUCCUCACAACCGAGCUCUUGAUUAAUUAGCUGCACUAAUUAGGUGCUGGGCUGCACGGGGCUUUUACCCACUUAACCAAGGCUCCAGAAAUUAAAGACCCAGGAGAGGGUGAACGAAUUCACGAUGCAUAGGAGCCUGACCCGUUUCAGGUUGUACAAACCACAGCUCACAGGGCUGGUCUCUCGGGCUGCGAGAUGACAGAUGCACACAGGCAGGGAGCUGCGGGGAGCUGCGGGGAGCACAGACCUAAGAAAAAACCGCGAUGCUUUUCUUUUUCCUGCUGCGAUAGGAGCACUGGAGCCAAGAACAGGCCAAACUGCUCUGCAGUGGGACUUAACUGUUUCCCUCAAGUAUGGUAGACUCCAGCCCUCGGGCGACUUUUCCGUUACUUGCCAGACAACUUUAUCUUAGAUUGUAGACGGAUUACCGAUUAACUCGGGAGAAGCGAUAACUUCAACCGAGUUAUAAGAGUGCAUGAAUGCAGUGCUAGUAAAAACACUUAAAAAAACAAACAUGUAGUGUUUUUUUUUUUGCUGGCGUCCUAAACACAGGGCUACGGCAAUAAAUAUCGCUCAGUUUGUAACAGCCUGCUACCUCAACCCGUCACAGGCUAUCAAGAAGGUUCAAGAGCUCAGCUGAAGAUCGAGAAGAGAAUACAGACGGUGCUCCUGGUGGUCGGACAGACUCCUUUAUGAAGGUGCAGGACAGCGGAGAGGAGCUGUUAAUUGAAAACAAUGGCCACUCCUGCUGCUUUCAGUCCCGAGACCCUGCAAGAAGCGGAGGAGCUGGCCGCCAGCCUGGGCACAGCCGUCGGCCUCGGGGACCGGGAGGGGGCGUGUCGCUGCGUGGAGCAGCUGGCGGACCUGCGGGUCCCCCUGAGCGUCAGGGUCACCCCGGACGUGUACCCUAAGGAAGAAAUCAGACUAAAGGUGGGAGUGGAAGAUGCCCAGGCGGACGCCUCCAUUCCUGUGGCCAUCGUGGUGACCUCUGACAUGACCAUCACUGAGCUGAAAGACAAGGUGAACCGAGACUACGGCUUCCACCCCUCCCUGCAGACCUGGGUGAUCGGGAAGCGCCUGGCCCAGGGUCCCGAGACGCUCUUCAGCCUCGGCGUGAGGAAAGACGGAGACGCCGCCUUCCUGUACAUCCGAUCGGCCCAGCAGGCUCAGCUCACCCGGGAGCAGGAGCAGUACGACCAGGAGCAGCAGCGCCUGGGCGGUGAGCGACCCCGACCCCCUGACCUCCGGCCCGGGUGCGAGAUGUGCAGCGCAGACAGGCCGGCGGGUUACCAGGUGCCAGCUGUCUACCAGCCGGACGAGGACGAGGCCCGCAGGCUGCAGCAGGAGGAGGCAGCCUGCCAGCUGUACCAGCAGGCCCUGGAGGAGGAGCGCACCAGGAACUUCGAGGAGCUCCUGCAGACGGACCAGCACAGCCUGGUGCCUAACAGGCUGCAGAUUGACUGCCCCAUCUGCUAUGUCCUCAUAGAGCCAGGAGAGGGCGCCACGCUGCGCGAGUGCCUGCACAGCUUCUGCAAGGAUUGUCUGAAGGGGACGAUAGUCAACAGCACGGACGCGGAGGUGGCCUGUCCUUACUCGGACAAUGACUUUGCCUGUAACGGCAAACUGCAGGACCGGGAGAUCCGAUCUGUAAGUCCUCUGAUCUGGAAUUCUGACAGCAGGAACGCCAGCCUCCCAGAUCGGCCCCUCGCUCCGCAGGUCAUGGUGGUGUUCAGCCCUCUGCUGCUCCUCUCCCGGCAGGAGCGUUCAGCCCUCCUCCUCCUCUGCUCCUCUCCCUGGGGGAGCGUUCAGCGCUCCUCCUCCUCUACCUCCUCUCCCUGGGGGAGCGCCAUCCACGAGGGGAUGAACUGUAGGGAGUACCAGGACGACCUCCGCGUCCGGGCCCAGAACGACGUCGCCGCCAGGCAGACCAGCGAGAUGCUCAAGGCGAUGGUGGAGAGCGGCGAGGCCAUGCACUGCCCCCGCUGCCAGGUCAUCGUGCAGAAGAAGGACGGGUGCGACUGGAUCUGCUGCCUGAUGUGCAAGACGGAGAUCUGCUGGGUGACCAGGGGGCCGCGCUGGGGGCCGCAGGGUCAGGGGGACACGUCAGGUGGCUGCAGAUGCAGAGUGAACGGGGUACCUUGUCACCCCAACUGCCAGAACUGCCAUUAAGAUGCCCCCCCCCCCAAGUCCUUCACCGGAGCAGAGAGAGGAGAGCCUGGCCAGAGCGCCCACCGCCGUUCACAGCGCCAUCAUCUGGACCUAGGAGACGAUGCGCGGGGGGGGGAACAUGCAGGAGGGGCCCGUGUCCACUUCUCCAGGACCGAGACCCCCCCAAUCCAGAUCCCUGUGACCCCGGUAUCGGCAGCCCUCCUAACGGCGCCUCCGCGGGGAUAACGAACUACCCGCAGCUGGAAACAGGAAGAAAUGUCCCAUGAAAACCGAAAUUUAAACCGAAAGCGGUAGGAUCAGGGAUUAAAAAAAAAAAAAAACUCCUCGGGAGGCGAAUCACGAAUCGGGAGUCCAGUUCGGCCCCAAUCCGAUUGUCGAUAUCCGACUCGGAUUCCCCCAGGAACGGGGCCGACGCUCCGAGGGCCGAGCCCUGUACCCCAUGUUCACUACAGCAUCUUCUUUCCCCACCCCCCUUAGUACCGAGCAUCCCUGACGGGGAUCGACUCCCGGAGCACCAAGGGGGAAUUCCCGAAUCCGGAAUCGGGUCUUGUGGGUGUGAGUUCGCCCGUUCACCCUGGAACAGCUGUGCUCAAACAUCUGCUGGGCUUUCGGACCCUUUUUUUCCCCACCCAGACAUGUAUUUCAGAACAGGAAAAAAAACACUAUUAUACUCCCCCCUUAUCUGCUCUCUCUUAGGAAGGUUUAUCCUGUCUGGCUGCUUUGCUUGUCCUGAGGCUCCAUGUGGUUAAAACCAAAGGGAUACUUUCUGUAUAGGAAGCAAAAGCUGAUUUUCUUAAAAGGGGAGAAGGGGUCAAAGUACAAAGCAUUAUCUUUGAAUCGCCACAGACAACCUGUUUUUGAAACCUUACUGUUCCAAAAACGGCCCGAGUUGUCAUAAGUUAUUUUAAAUUCUGAUUGCUCAUUGAUCACUUCAGUCUCUCAGCAUUCUGUUGUUACAGUGUUUGUGCAGGGAGCUUUUUGUUUCUCAAAAAAUUUAAGGUGGCAUUUGUUUCCAGGAAAAAAUACUUUGCUAAAAUGGAUUUUUUGAGCCCCAUCAAUUGCCUGUACUCCCAGGACAGUCAUCCUAGAAAGACUCCAUGUGUCCUGGGAUGGGAUUCUCAAUUACUUGCCUUGUAGAAAACAUAGCAGUAUCCCAAAGCACGCCUACUGACAUGUUUACAAUACCCAGUUAACACGUUACAAUUUGUACAUAUGAUUUUUCUGUUGCAUGAUUUUUCAGAAUGCUCCAUUUUAAUAACAACCAUACACCUGGCUUUUUGAGCUACUGGAUGGAAGUGAGAGCUGCAGGAUGUUUACUCUUUUAAAAAAAUAAAUUCCAAUGAAGCUCCAGCUGAAAAGUGUUGUAUUUUCAACCAGCGUGGGGUUGUUCCCUUUACAAAGUGCAACUGGAGCAUCAGAAAGGUUCUCUCUCUGUGCAUCUCACACACACACACACUUGCAUAGCUAAUAUGAGGCUGACUCAUCCAUUAACAGAUGGUGACUCCCUACCUCCACUCAAGCAGGGCCAGCACGCUGGUGAACCCAGGCCCAUGGACACGGAGAAGCCUGGCAUUCUCUGUUCCAGGUGCUGGUAGCAGCCUCCUCGCUUUUCCUGAGCAUUUCUGACCACGGAACAAAACAACAAAAAAAACUGCCCCAGUCCUUCCCAGGAAAAAGCAGCUUUCUGAGAACAGACGAAUACUUGAGAAAGCUUCGUUAAUACUUUUGUUUUUUAUUAUUCCAAGAAAAUAGACCAGGGUUCUAGCAAAAGCUGCCCUCAAAGAAGUGGUCACAGUACUUUACGCUACAAUCAAAUUAGUCAAUUCUGCAUCACUCAGCUGGUGAACAUCGGCACCUUCAGGGGAAAAAAAAAACAUGAUUCCCAUUUCCAUACACUGCCCCGGGGGGGUCAUGCCUGCUGCAGGGGCUCUGUAAGGACAUGUGACAGCUGGGAUCAGCUGCUCCGCCUCGGUCCCAAGACACACAUCCCUGGUGGCCGAGAGCUGCUGGGCUGACGUUGUGUUCAGCAGGAGGAAGCACGCAGUGAGUCUGCAACUGGGGGGGGUUACAGAGCAGAGUGGCACAGAGCCGGGCUCCGUGCCGCGGCCCAGCCUGAACAGAGCCGUGAACCGCAGCAGGGCACUUGACGCCAUUUAACCAACAUGGGGAGCAGAGGUAUUUAAAUAUAAGGGGAUGCAAGCCCUGCAUGCACUACAUUUCUUUAAACCUUUGAACUUUUACACGUGUAGAUCUGUAUGCACAACAGUCCCCCCCCCCAGCACUAUUAAGAUUCUCUCUGGCUGCGUUCAACACACACUCGCCCUCUUCCCCCGCCAAAAGAACAUUCCCCUUUACUAACUCGGGAAGCCUAGCACAGCCAAAAAGCACCUCCUGCACCACUCGCAGGCCAAAACAUUAGGAACCCCAAAGGCCCGUCUUCUACCCCCUCUGAAGAGCAGAUUGAGUGGGCCCGGGCCUUAACUCCACAAGGCUCUGAAACGGCUGCAGCCCCAUCCUGUCCCUCCCCGGUCAUCGAGGACAGCCGUAACCAGCUGCCGCGAGGAUGAGGGCCAGGGGAAUGGUGGGAAGAGCCUAAGAAAAGCGCGGCCCAGCCUGUCUCAGCUGGGAGCCUUUCGAGCCCGAGAGCGAGAUGGAAAUGUGGCUCCUGCCCUCUCAUGCCCAAACAGGCAUCCUCCGCACCGAGAGAUCCCGUUUACUUCUACCGGACAUCCCAGUGUUUCGGCCAGGGACUGUUUUCUCUCUCUUCACACACGCACGGGGUUAUCGAACACUGCUGUGUGGGAACUGAGGUUUCCACCAUCUGACGCCAAAGGGAUUUCGUCUUCCCGUUUCUGGGCACAUGAACAAGAGUGGUGUCGCCACAGGGGGGGGAAUGGAAGCUGGAGGCCAUUCCUCUGUCCUGCUCCGGGGGGGGGCUCGGAUGGGCAGAGGUGGCUGGGGGUGAGGGAGCAUCACGGAGCCCCUCACGUACCCCAAGAUACGAUACGAUACCCCAACGCGGAGACACCAGUACUGCAGGGGACACAAAACCACCAGAAGCAAAACCGCCGCCAGGCCUGUGCAGGGAGAGAGAGGGGCUGGUCCGGGACGAGGCUGGCAUGCUGGAUAGGAGCACAGCCACCGGGCAGGGGGAUGCGUGGCGGGUCGGGCCUGUGCGCGUUCGACAUUAGAAAAGAUUCUUUUAAAAAAAAAAAAAAAAGGUCCUGAAAAAUAAAGCUUUUUUCCUGCCA